AUGGCCGCACCAGGGGACCAGCGCAUAGCUGUGCCAAUAGAUGACCCCAAUGCCGACACAGAAUGGAACGACAUUCUGCGGAAGCACGGCGUCAUUCCUGAGAAGCCACCAAGCCCUACUCCCAUGAUCGAAGAGGCCAUUGUCGAGGCCAGGAAGAUCGCACACGAGAACCGCCUCGAGGGCAAGGAUCUGGACGAGUUGGACGAGCUCGAGGACGACGAAGAUGACGACUUCCUAGAGCAAUACCGACAGAAGAGGAUGGCCGAGCUGGGCGCACUGCAGAAGAAGUCCGUCCAUGGCAGCGUCUAUCCCUUGUCGAAACCAGACUACCAAAGGGAGGUGACGGAAGCAUCGAACAACGGCGCGGUCUUUGUCAACCUGACAUCGUCCUCGGGAGGGAACAACGUCGAGUCAAGAGUGCUGUCCGACUUGUGGAAGCAGGCGGCCAAGGAGUACGGGGACAUCAAGUUCUGCGAGAUGAGAGCCUCGCAGGCCAUCGAGAACUACCCAGAGAAGAACUGCCCCACGAUAUUGGUUUACAAGAAUGGAGACAUCGUGAAGCAGAUUGUGACACUCACUACCGUUGGAGGAGUGCGCAUGGGCAUGUUGGAUCUUGACAAGAUCCUGGUUGAAGUUGGCGCACUCCCUAGUAAUGAUAUGAGAGUCGUCAAACGGAGGAGAGAAGCCGAAGAUGCUGAAGAGGAGAGGCUCAUGGGCGGCAAGGGAAUCAGAAGCAGCAAACCAACUGCUAAUGACGACGACGACGAUUGGGACUGA